CCCUCUCUCUCUUUCAGGCCAGGUGCCUUGCCGCUCUUUCAUCGUGACCAGACACCCUUGAAGGGCAGGUCGACUUCAUCAACCCGACGCCGCUGGUCGGCAGUCUUAUCACUUUCUUUGACCGUCACUGCGAAUCGUGGAAGUCACUUCAGCAAUGCGUCUCCUUCCCCGUGCGACAGGCGAUCUCACGUCUUUGGCAACUGGUUUGUCUCUCGUCAUUGCCAACUACAAGCCCACACCACAGCUACCCACCGCCAAUGACACAGGUUCGUCUGGGUCACAAGAGUUGCUACCAUCGUCGCAGGGCAAUCAUUUCCAGGUGCAGACACCUCAGAUGAUGGCUUCGCAGCCUCAACGGCCAGAGGACGAGUGGGGCUUGCCCUCGGUGCUCUACGUACCCCAAACGUCAAAGGUCGACACCGAGACAAGCGGUGCAAGCUCCUUCGCAGCGAAUGGAAAGACCGUAGGUGCGGGCAAUUGUCCAGUCCAAAGCGCCUACACACCCCAAGGUGGUUGGGACAAGCUGCCGCCGCCCGUCUACCCAGCCUUUGACCCCGUCAUGGCCAAUGUCUACCGAUAUCGUCAGCAGCAAGGCGUGGACUUGGGUGCUUGGUUUGUCCAAGAGGCAUGGAUGUCUGGGUCUCUCUUUUCGUGCGCGACUGGCGGCAAGUCGGCAGAAUACGACGUUCUCGAUGGUUUUGGCCAGAGCCAGCAGGGCGUUAGCAGCGCCAAGGCAUUCAUGGAAAAGCACUGGGACACUUGGAUCACGGAGGCCGACUUUCAGAAGAUGGCUGGCAUGGGCAUCAAUACGGUCAGGCUACCCAUCGGCUAUUGGUCCGCCGGGCCUUACUUCACUCACGAUUCUCCCUUCUCGGCCUACUCCAACGUGUACGAGUACUCUUGGCGCUACGUGGCCAGGGCCAUCAAUUGGGCAGCCAAGUACAACAUCGGCGUCCUCGUGGAUCUGCACGCCGCCUAUGGUUCUCAGAACGGCCAAGCUCAUUCCGGUUUGAGCGACGGCAACAUCGAGUUUUACAACGACUUCAACAUGAACCUCACCACCGAACUGCUUGUUUGGCUUGCCCAUGAGAUCUCAAACGUAACCAAUGUUGUCGGUAUUCAGCUGCUCAACGAACCCCAAGACCGCACGAGUCUCUGGCCUUGGUACACAAAGACCAUGGACGCCAUGCGCAACGCAUCCGACAGCUCCGCAACGGUGCCCCUCUACUUUCAUGACGCCUUCAACCUCAACAAGGGGGCCUCUUUUGUCUCGAAGCGAUCCGACUUUGUCGUUCAGGACCACCAUUCCUACUACGUCUAUACGGCUGCAGACACCAAGCUCUCGGCCAAGGGGCAUACGAAGGCCAUCAAUGGCCAAAUUCAGCAGUGGAUGGCCACCGAGUCGGAUGUCGCCAGGCGCAACCUGGUCGUUGGCGAGUGGUCGUGCGCGCUGAAUCCAGCCUCGCUUACCAAAUCCACCAACAAGAGCAAGGACCAGAGGGACUUCUGCAACGCACAGCUCGACGUUUAUGGUGAUACGGCAUCUGGCUUCAUGUUCUGGAGCUGGAAAAUGGAGAAUUGUCAAGACAACGGCGGCUGGUGCUUUCAACAAGCUGCUGGUAACUCUUUGCCGAGCACAUUUGACUCGUGGGGCCUCGAAAACGUCACGGCAAAGUUUUUUGCCGUUUCGAAUGCCUCUACUCAAACCAACGUAGAUGUCUUGACGAGGAUCGAACAGAUUGCACUUCCAGCACAAAACGGCGCAAAGAACGUCACUUCGACCUUGGCCAAUGUCACCAAUCAUGCAAUUAUCGCAGCUCAAGAUCACGGCGCUCGGAUCGGCAUGGUGGAAAAGCCGUUGGUGGGCCAACGGCGAGGAGCAGAUCGGCAAUCGUUCUGGCAGGCUGGAGGAAGCUAUGCCAGUCGAGCUCGCCUCGCGGUGACUUCGCCAAAGAGGGAUGCGGCGACGAAGGCAAUGCCUGCGAACUCGGCGACAUCAGCGGCAUCCGCAGCUUCCGCAGCUGGAUUCAAUGACGGCUUCAAGUCGGCUCGCUUUUUCGCCGCCAAGGGCAAUCUUUCACGUCUGGGCUUCGCUCAACAAUACAUGACGGACUCGUGGGCCGCCCGACUGAGCAACUCGCAAUCCAAACUUUCGCUGCAAGCAAACAAUUCUGACCAAUAUCUCGCUCAGUUUAAAGCGGGACUGCUCGCAGCCGAAGCCGAAAUUGCCAGGGCCAUCCUGACAACUUAGUGGACGCCCCGUUCGUAUGAUGUAAUGUAGAUUGACCUUCCAUCGAACAGCAUCGUCUUGCUUGCCACUCUCGCUCGCCUAUCAUUGCUGGUGAUGCGUUCGAGAUCUUAUAGAAUACUGACGUCGGCCAACACACGGCCUUCCUUUUGAAGCUUCAUGGUGCCUUCCCAAAAUGCCCGCGGCGUUGCGCCAAGACGUUCACACUGUCGUGAGCCGCACUUCUUGCUUAGGAUAGAAAAUACCGAUAAACAAGAGUGG